AUGGAUCGUCUCCGCCGUCUCCUCGGCACCGUUGCCGCCCGGUUCGCCAACCGGCGAUAUGUAUUCGCUCUCGCUGUCGUCAGCGUCGUCGCGGCCAAGGCCGUCCACAUUGAUGCACAUCUCGAUGCUCUCUCCACCUCCGACAUGUUCCAAUGGGCGCCGUCCUUCUUCCUGCAAGACACCAUUCUGCUCAUGAUGAUCCGUGCAAUGCUCUUUGCCCAAGGACCUUGGGCUGCAAUCAUCGGCACCACCGUCUCCGCCAUUCUAGUUCUUGUCUGCCUCGCCCUCGCCUCCAUUAACAUAUCCUUCUUCGCAGUCGCUGGUAACGAGCUACACUGGCGCAACGUUGCGCUCGCCGGCGACUCCUCCUCUUGGAGUACCCUCGUCACCGGGCUCUUCUCCCUCGGUAUCACCCUAGUCGCCAUCCUUGGCGCAAGCUGGCUCUUGCAGGAUAUCUGCUACAUCAUUGCCACCAUCGCUCUCGACAUGGUCAAGUUUCCAUUUGUUUUCGUCUAUUCCAAGGUGGCUAGCAACCGUCGCCGCCCGACCCCCAUCCACUACACCAACGUACCGCAAAACGACGCCGAAAAUGCACUUGAGCACCGUUAUACCGACGACGAGAUGGAUUCAUCCUCCGAGCCCAAAAUUGCACAGCCCCCCCGACGCCGUAAUGCUUUCCUUGUGAUCUCCCUCAAUAUCUGUGUCGGCAUUGGUCUCAUCGUCCAAAUUGUUUCCUACGUGGCUCGUCCUGAUCAGACCUCCGUCGCCUUCAUGUCGUGGACCCUACCUCUUGUGCCUUUCAUGGACUUUGCUCAUGCAGCGCCGAACCUGUCCAAUCUGCUUACUUACCAUGGCCAAGAGUUUCAUUUCGACAAUUCGUCGGCUCUAACCCGACCGAUUCCCUUCCCUUGGCUCCCGAAAGGCCUCAAGCUUCCUGGAUUCGAGGAUUGGCACGAUCACACGGAACACUACAACGCCGAAGCUGACCCUAUCAAAAUCGACAACCUUGGCGAUGCGCUUCUUCAGCCGCUCCGAGGUGUUCUCAAGGACGUCCCCAUCCGCAACAUCAUGGUCAUCAAGCUUGAGAGUACCCGCAAGGAUGUUUUUCCCAUCAAGAAGGGUGGGUUUAUCUGGAACAAGUUUGAAUCUUCCUUUGAAAAUGCGACUCUCCCCGAAGCAGCCCAGCAGCGCCUGUCUACUCUUACCCCCAACGCCAACUACCUUACCGGCGACUACGACGACGGCUUCGACCACCAGGAGCAGCCCCGACGCGGCGGUAUUAAUGUCAACAACUGCCAUACCACGGGCACCUAUACUUUGAAGAGUCUGCCCGGCACCCUCUGCGGCAUCACCCCGCUGGUGGCCGAUAUGAACCAGGAAUUUCGUAGUCAUGUUUACCAACCCUGUCUUGCUCAGAUCUUUGACGCCUUCAAUGCCAUUGAUCACGCUUCCGAUCGCAAAAUAGACGAUUUCACGUCGUACAAGUGGAACUCUCUCUUCAUGCAAUCCGUCACGCAUACGUUCGACAAACAGGAUAAACUUAUGCCAGUCAUGGGCUAUACCGAAGGCCGCUUCGUCGACUCCGAAUAUCUCCGCUCUGACGAAGCCAAAUUUGGCAAGACCGAUCUCGAAGAUAUCAAUUACUACGGCAUGCCUGAAAACGCGAUUGCAGAGUACGUCAAGGAUGCUUUUGCCACAGCCAAGAAGAAAAACGAGCGUGUUUUCCUCACACACCUGACGUCCACCGCCCAUCACCCUUUUGCGCUCCCGAAAGGUGAGACUACUGUCAGUCUCAGCGACGAUUCAGGUCUGCAGGAUCUUUCCGGAUACACCAAUGCCGUCGGCUUUGUGGACCGCUGGAUGGGCCGAAUUCUUGACAUUCUUGAAGAAACUGGUGCUUCCAACGAGACCCUGAUCGUUUACGUUGGCGAUCAUGGGCUGUCCAUUGCUGAGAACGCGGCGGUCACACCGUAUUACCAGCCCAACAUCGGUAACUUUCACGUUCCUCUCGUCCUCUCGCACCCCGCCAUGCCGCCUGUUGACGUCAACGACGUCGUGAACUCCAAUAUGAUUCUCCCCACCAUUCUCGACCUACUUAUCGAAACUGGCUCGCUUGGCGAGAGCGACACAACGGCUGCGCGGGAUCUGGUCAAGAACUACGAGGGUCAGUCCCUCAUUCGUCCACUACGCAGCCAUGGUAGAUCUCCCGAUGCGGGCGGCUGGCAAUUUACUGUCAUGAACCCGGGUCGCGCUACGCUUUCGGUUCGCGAUGCCCGCAACCCAGAUUGGCGCAUCGUCGUCCCCAUUGUCUCGGACAUAGAGUGGCGCUUCACCAGCACGAAGGAAGACAAGCAUGAAGACGAGCCGAUUCUCGACUUUGGAUAUCCCGAAUUCCUGAAAAAGAUCGAAGACACCUUUGGUGAGGAUGCCAGCAAGUGGGCAGAGCAAGCUACGUUUGUGUCCCGCUGGUGGCUGGACGAUAAUGCUCGGCGCUGGCGCUACGAGUCGUCUUGA